AUGAAAAUUAUUGGACUUACAGGAGGAAUAGCCUCUGGCAAGAGUACAGCUUCUAGGAUGUUCCUGAAUAAAAAAAUUCCAGUGAUUGAUGGAGAUCUAUUAGCAAGAAAAGUGGUAGAACCUGGAAGACCUGCCUAUAAACUUGUAGUAAAGAAAUUUUCUAAAGAUAUAUUGAAUGAGAAUGGAACAUUGAAUCGUGCCAAGUUAGGUGAUAUUAUAUUUGCAGAUGAGACAAAGCGUAAAAUAUUGAAUCAGUGUACACAUCCAUUCAUUCGACGUGAGAUAUUAAAGUUGAUGGCGUGGUACUGGCUGAUAGGUGAGAAAAUGGUGUUGCUGGACGCGCCUUUAUUAAUUGAGAGUAGACUUCACAAAUAUAUGAGCGUAGUUAUUGUUGUUUAUUGUUCAGAGCAACUUCAAUUAAGCAGGUUACUUUCACGUGAAAAAACAAUAACAGAGUCAGCAGCUAGACAACGUAUUUCAGCACAACUUCCAUUGAAAGAAAAAAUAAAAUAUGCUGAUUUUGUCAUUGAUAAUUCUGGUAAUAUAUCAGAAACAGAAAAACAAAUCGAAAAUGUGGUCAAUAAAAUCAAACCUAGUCUAUUAAAUUGGUUAGUUACAUGGCUUGGUCCAUCAAUAGCUUUGACUACUUUUUUAUUCACAAUAUUCAAAUGA